AUGCGCGCUGCCCCCACUCCGCCAGCGGGAGGCGCGGCGUCGAUCGAUCUCGCCUUCCCCUUUCAACCCUCCUCCUCCGCACCGCAGUUCGAGCCAGACACCCUCCCCGACCUUCCCGCCUCCUCGCAACCCACCAUUCCGCCAGUUCCCAACCCCGCGACCGUUCCUUCCGCUCCGAGCGGAAGCCCCGCUGCGCCGACCGACUCCCCACGCCCUCCUUCCCCCGAACCGUCCACCUCCCGUGCCCCUGUAAAACCGGGCGUUCCGGAUUCAAAUACUUCCGCCCGUCCUUCCCCCAAGGGGACCGCCCCUGCUGUUGUAACGCCAGGUGCCGCCUGCCCCGCGUCCGACCUGGACGGAUACACCUUCUCGGCUCCGCUCAUUCCCGACCAAUUCGUGCUGCACUGGCGGCUGCGCGCGUCGGCGCUGGACAUCGCGGUGGAGGCGCGCUUGAGCAGCCAAAUCGACAACGGUUGGAUGGGCGUCGGCUGGUCGCUCAACGGCGCAAUGUCGCCGUCCGAUGCCGUCAUCGGCAAUCUCGAGGGCGGUGCGAUCCGCUCGUUCUCGCUGGGCGGCUACACUGCGGAUUCGGUAAACGCGACGAGUCACAUCAACCUCGGGGAUAAGGGUUCGACAUCGACGGCUUCGGGGUCUACAGUGUUCUGGUUCUCCCGGUCGCCAGGAGAUGGAGGCUUGGUGCCGAUCCAGCUGUCCGGACCUAACUUCCUCAUCUGGGCCUACUCUAGGGACAUGUUCCAGACCCUUGGUUACCACAGCACCCAUAGAGGAGUAUCUCAGGUGGACUUCUCAUGCAACACUGCACCCCAAGUGCUGCUGGGGGAGGGCAGCCCGGAGGACGACGACCAAGGGGAAUUUACCCUGGAUAAUCCUUACGAUCUAUCCCUUUCCGACCCUCUGGGGGAAGACGGCAACGAUGAGAGCACGGGAAGCAGUAAUGGAAGUGGUUACAGCAGUACAGGAGCCGUGCCUCGUGGUGACCAACCUGGCGGGGUGUUACGGAAAGUGUGGAAUGUGUUGUUCCCAUCAUUUGGCUGA